AGGCGGUUCCUUGAGGUCGGUACACCCAAAAAGUGGAUAAAGAACGAGGUCUAGCUGGAAAGGCCAAGACUUCGAUCAAAUUCGCCUGAGGCGUAUCUAGAUUACUUGCGAUAAACAUCCAUUUAUCUCUGGCCAUUACUAGUAAAAUCGCCAAGAGAUUUGAAAAGGCUUUGCCUGCUCAAGCGAGAUCAACAAACCAUACACUUGGGAUAUUCAGCCGCCCCUCGCCUCCACGAUCAGCAUUCAAUCCUGUGGUUUGUUAUGCUGUUCCAUUACUUUAUUCAGUUGUGGGGACAGGUAUCAGAGAUAAUGUUACAUGUAUAUUCAAAUCACCCACUGAUCGCUCUCUUUCUCUUUCUUUUCACUCCUCUUCGAUCUCUAGAUUGCAUGUACAAGGGGAACAGGAUUGGAAGCUGUAGAAUCCUGAGGUGGUAAAUUAUGUAACUGUCGUCCAACCAGAUACGUAUCGUCUCGCACCGAUUGAACCCAGGCGCUGGCCGCCUUAAAGCACAACGACGUUCCACGAUA